AUGGCGCGACGUUACCAGAUUGAUGAGCUGUUAUGGCUACGCUCGUCGCCCCUGGUUGCUAGGCCUGCGAACUUACCUCCGAUAGAAGAUUGGAUGGGUCCGAUACCCGACCCAACGACGCAGAGAAAAACCACCGGCACCCGCGAUCCUAAUAAUCCAAAUGAGACGACACCUCGACGACCGAGCAUCUUCGAGGCUCGUCAUGUCUCCCGCAAUUCGAAUUCAGAGGAUAUUAUUCUUGGGCCACCAAAGACCGCAUUUGCGUCCGCAUCUCGCAUACCGGGUAAGGGCUCGAUAGAUGCUACCGAACGGCCAUCCAGACAACCUGAUUCGGAUGACAUCAAGAAUGACCGGUUAAAUUUCCGCGGCAAGUUCUUCAAGGAUAGGGAAGGUGGUGAUAGUAAUUUCGACCGACGUGACGGAAAGUCGGACCCUUUCACCCCUCGUCGUGGGGACAGAGAUGACUGGAACACCGGUCGUCCCCGUCGCACCUUUGGCCAGGAAGAACAAGAGAGAAAGCCAAGACGUAACGGAGACUUUGAUCGGUGGGAAUCUCGUGAUUUCAAUCGGGACCGCGACCAACAGACUCCGAAUCAUGAACGGGGAGGAAAAGAUAAGGAUGGUCGAUUCUUUCCUCGAAGAGAUGGCCAGCCGGGGCGUGCCCGACAUGAAGGAAGUUGGUUCCGUGAUGACGGCAAUCAGGACGGCCCCGAGCCUGAGGAAGAAAAGACCCCGAUACGGAGCCGAGACUGGCGCAGAGACCGGCACGGUGCUGACCGGGAUUGGACCCGAGGUGCCAAAUUUGAACAGGAUCCUGAGUGGUUGGAUUCUAAUGAUAAGGAAGAGCCCCGAAGGGUGCACACCCAGGAAGACUUCGAACGUUGGAAAGAAAGGAUGAAGGCGGGAUCUUCUCAGGCUCCUGUAGAGGAGAAGAAAGAGACGCCCGCGGAAUCAACUCCGGCCCAGAAGUCAGAGCCCAGACCUACAGACGGUGAAAUCUUCAGCAGCAGCGGCACACCGUUCCAAUCAGACACAGCCAUGGAACGCUUUUUUGGGCUUCUGGGUGACUCUAAAUCUCCUCAGGAAAUCGCGACCUCCUCACCUUUAGAGGCCCCCAUAGUCAGUCAAGCUACACCUAAGAAAGAAAAUAUUCCGGGGAAGCCUUUCAAAUCUUCUCGUUUUGCUGGGUUGUUUAGUCCGCCCCCCGGCAGUCCGGCAAAAGAGACUGAUUCGCAGCUGGAGAACAAGUCUCCUACUGUCCAGCCAUCAACUACUGAUGCUGACCAGGAAGGGUUUCAGCGUAUUCUUCAGAUGCUCGGAGGGAGCAAGUCGCGCAAUGCUACACCCCACAACGAUACCGUGCAAGCCAAUCGGCCUCCAUCUCUUCCCCAAGCAGAAUCUGUCCAGAGCGCUAUCUCAUCUCCCUCCCACGAGCAGAUGAAGCGGCCAGACCCCAUGCUGAUUCAGGAGAGCUCUAUGCGGAGUGCUGGCCCUGCUAUGGAUCCCCAAUCCCGAGAACGGGAACAUCUACUCCGCCUAAUGCAGCAAGUCCGUGUCACUCCUGUUACAAAUCAGGCUCAAGGUAAUCAUGGUCAACCACAAAGCGCCGGCGCCGCUCCUGGUAUGAUCAAUAUGCCAGAAAUGCUGCCACCCCCUCCAGGGCUUGCAUCUGCACCAAAGGCUCCUAACUUCAUCGACGAUCCCGCGAUCGCUAAUAUGCAGCGAGCGGAACCUGAUCAGCUUCGGCGACGACCCGCGAAUGGGCCUCCGAUGGGUUACUUUGAGGAUAUGCCGUUCCCUCAGGGUGGCCAAGUUCCCAUCACCCCGGGUGGAAGUCGGGCUCCUCAAGGUCAAGGUCUACCUGGAAUGGGCGUUCAGAGACCGCCAGGCUUUGAACACUUGCCACCUCCUGGAUGGGCCGGCCACCAGCUUCCUCCACAGCAGGGCGGUGGCCCCGGUCCUCUCGCUCCUCCACCGGGUAUUCCUACUCCAACACGUGGCGUCAACCCUAACUUCAUGUCCAAUAUGAUGCCAAUGCAUGGCAAUGUUCCACCGCUCGGUGAGCGCCAACCCUUCCCACGUGGUGCAGGCGGCAAUGGAUCUGCGGGAUUCCCGCCUCCCCCGGGUAUGAUGCCUCCUCCGGGUUAUAUGAAUGGCCCUCCGCCGUCUGGCUUCCCGCCUAUGCCACCCAAUGCCGAAGCCCUGAUGGGUCUUGGCCAUGGCGGUCAAGGUCCUUUCGACGGUAACCCCGGUCCACAGGGGCCUCCACAUUCAUCUCGGCACCUAUUGGAUAUGUUUGGACAAGUCGGCGCCGGAGACGCUCGGGGUGGCAUGCUUGGCGAUAUGAUGGACGAGGUCGACUUCGAGCUCUGCUUGGACAUCGAUCAAUAUAAUAUCACCCCAGAACAGCCUCACCACCCCCGACCAUGCAAGAAACUCAAAGCUCUGAAUCAUUCUGAGUCAGACCUCGAGGAUGACCAUGAUCGCACCUAUCUCGACAUCGCGAUCAAGCGCAUCACCCACCACGACCAAGAGAUACUCUCCGACGCCGAUGACACCGACCCAGAAACCCACAGCUCAACCAGCGCCUCGACCACGGCCAUCAACGAAGAAGAGAUGGAUCUGGACACCGACACGGAUGCUGAAGUCUACGCCAACUCGAGCAGCGACGACAUAGGCAUACGCCCGGUUUACUCCUACAUCGCUCGUCCCUCCCAUUUCUUCGAGAUCUACGAGGACCUGGAUGACUCGCAUCUGGAGAACCAUCCCGGUUUCAUGUCCAGCUUUACUACCUACUCCUCUCACCAUGAAGAUAAGGAGAACAUCCGCGACAACCACCACGGGCAGCUGGAGCAGACACAGGAAAUAGGAGUCAAUUCGCAGAUGUGGAUUCGUCAAUCUACUAAUCGUGUCUCGCAUGUGGUUAGUUCUAGGUACCAGGGGGUGGAUGGGGGUGCGGACACGGAUGAGGCAGACACUGAUGUUGAAGAGUUUUUGACGGAGGGUGGAGAGAGCGCGAGGGAGGGUGAGAUGGAGGAGGUGAGGGUGUCGUUUCAUUCGUUGGGUGCUGGAGAGACUCCGUUGCUUCCUCUUGCUUUCCCGCUGCCUUUGAGGAUCCCUUCUCCUGCCUUGGUUCAGGGCGGUAGGGCUGAUGGCCGGCGUCGUUGCUUGGGGCCUAGGCCUGUUGUGCACUUUGAGUGA